AUGGCGACAUCAUUCACUUCUUCUCUACUUCUUCCUUCACAAUUUUCACCAAAAAGGUCAUCAAGAGCUCCAAGAAGUACUGCAACGCUGGCAAUGAAAAGAGAGGCACAUGAUAAGAACCACUACAAUGGUUCGCGUCUUGUAGAUGAAAACUUGAUAGUCCUUCGAAAGAGAAUUCACGAGAUGAAAAUGAUCGAGAGGAAUUACGAGCCUCCAACUGAAUGGAUGGAUUGGGAGAAGAGUAAAGACACGGAUUACGACUCAAAUAUUUGUGAGGCAGUGGGAUUAUUGCAGGCCCAAUUGAUGGAUACAAGGCCAGGUUUGGUUUUGGGCAUGGUUGCACCCAUUGCAUUAAGUGUGCCAACCUCAACUGGUGUGAUUUUGUUUCAUUUGUUAGAGUUAGCAAAAGGGGUUUUCGCUGGACUACAUAUUCAUUAA